CCUAGUGACGCUACAUCUACAUCUCGCGAGAAGGACCGAGGUUUUCCCAGCCAGGAGUGUGUGUGCGCGAUAGAGACGAGGAAAGAUGGCGACGCAGGAGAGCGAAGCAACUAAAGCUGCCGUCAGCAACGGCGAGGUAAGCAGCAAUGGUAGCGCUGCAACAACAGAUGGCCAGGCUGUUCAAACAGCUGGAAAUGCACAGGACCCUCAGCAGCAGCAGCAGCAGCAGCAGCAACAAGCACCUAACGCAUGGCAGGUCAUCAAAGGCGUCCUCUUCAGAAUCUUUAUAAUCUGGGCGAUUAGUAGCUGGUUCCGCCGAGGGCCGUCUACCCCUGACCCCAGCACACCAGCCGGUGCCCCCCGGGUACCCAGCAGGAACCUCUUCACCAAAGACACCCUCAUGGACCUGUACGUGUAUGUGUCCCAGGAUGAGGUGUUCUCUGACUUCAACAACACGGAUGCGCUGUUCUGGUUCCACAGAGACCUGGUCUAUGGAGACUGGGCCACAGGGGAGGAUGGAGACGGCUGCUAUCACCACUAUAAGGAGAUGGACAUCCCAGAGAGCGUACAGCACAACGGUUCCCUUUACAUACAUGUCUACUUCACUAAAAGUGGGUUCCACCCCGACCCCAAGCGCAAGGGGCAGUAUCGCAGGCUGGCAACGGUUCAUGCAACAAGAAUGCUGAAUAAGUUCAAGCGGAGAAAGUUUCUGAAGACCAAGAAUCUACUCACAGGAGAGACAGAAGCAGAUCCAGAGAUGAUUAAGCGGGCGGAGAGCCAUGGUCCAGUGGAGAUCAUCUCACAUUGGCAUCCCAACCUCACCAUCAACAUGGUCGAUGACCACACAGCCUGGGUGAAAGGCUCUGUACCACCUCCUCUAGACCAGCAUGUUAAGUUUGAUGCUGUGAGCGGAGACUAUUACCCCAUUGUGUACUUCAAUGACUACUGGAACCUUCAGAAGGACUACUAUCCCAUCAACGACACCCUGCAGAAUCUCCCGCUGCGUCUCAGCUACUGCCCGCUGUCACUGUGGCGCUGGCAGCUGUACGCUGCCCAGAACGCUCGCUCGCCGUGGAACUUCCUUCCUGACGACACCUACGAGCAGUCGGAUGAAGAUCAGGACUCUGUCAAGGUUGCCCUCCUGGAAACGAACCCGUACCUGCUGGGUCUGACCAUUGUUGUCUCCAUCGUGCACAGCAUCUUCGAAUUUCUUGCCUUCAAGAACGAUAUCCAGUUUUGGAACAGCAGACAGUCUCUAGAAGGUCUGUCUGUGCGCUCCAUCAUAUUUGGGGUGUUCCAGUCUCUAGUGGUGCUGUUGUACAUACUGGACAACGAAACCAACUUCGUGGUGCAGGUCAGCGUCUUCAUUGGUCUCCUCAUUGACCUGUGGAAAAUCACCAAGGUCAUGGAUGUCAAAUUGGACAGAGAGAACAAAAUCGCAGGGAUCAUCCCAAGAUUGAUAUUCAGAGACAAGUCAACAUAUGUGGAGUCUUCAACCAAAAUCUAUGACGAUAUGGCCUUCAAGUACCUGUCAUGGCUGCUCUACCCUCUCUUUGGCUGCUAUGCGGUCUACAGUUUAUUGUACGUAGAGCACAAAGGCUGGUACUCGUGGGUACUCAGCAUGCUCUAUGGCUUCUUGUUAACCUUUGGCUUCAUUACAAUGACGCCGCAACUAUUCAUCAACUACAAAAUGAAAUCUGUAGCCCACCUCCCAUGGAGGAUGCUCACCUACAAGGCUCUCAAUACCUUUAUUGAUGACCUGUUUGCCUUCGUCAUCAAGAUGCCCAUGAUGUACAGGAUAGGAUGCCUAAGAGAUGAUGUGGUGUUCUUCAUCUACCUUUACCAGCGCUGGAUCUACCGGGUCGACCCCAACAGGGUCAACGAGUUCGGCACCAGCGGAGUGGACCCGACUCAGAACAACACAGCAGGAACGGCCGUCCCCGCCGCAGACGCUGAGCCCGCCGCCAUCACAGACAAAGCAGAGGGGGAGAAGAAGAACGAUUAAGCGAAAGUGUGCCAUCUUCCCUCCGUGGCCCUCUGUGCCAGGAUGAAGAGGACUUGUGGAAAUGAGGCAGGGAAGGGAGUCGUUGUUUAGCUGUCAAGGACGCCGCUACAAAAAAAAAAAAAAUGCAGUUCAACUGUUCCCCCCUUUGAUUUCUUUGUGGAUCCACAGAGAAUCAGAAUCAGUGUAGACUUGGUAAAUUCUUCUUUCUGUUCCCCGCCCAUCCCCGCCCUCUCGUUUUGCAGUUCAAGUGAAGUAAAACAAAAACGUGAUGUACUGUAUUCUGUAUGAUUAUUUUUUUCCAGAGGGUAACAAUGUCUUGGAGUAGAUGUUGGGAGGGGAACAGGUCGCAAAUAUGCUAUUUUUCUUUUUGUUUUUAUACAGGGAAGAAAGAGGCCAAGUGCAACUUUUGUUCUUUGUGUAGAUUCCUUGUGAAUUUUUCUUUUCAUUCCAUGUGAGCACCGUGUUUCGGGUCGCCUGAAAAACUGUGAGUAGUGCUGGAGGAAACUGGAAAGAUCCUGAGCCACAAUGGAGGUUGAUUAAGAGAGGUGGUGACUGGAGACGAGAGGGACGCCCCCCGUAGGACACUACCCACAACACAAUGACUACUACCCUCAAUUUUAAACAAAUGGUUAAUGUUCUAAACUUGAACAGUAAAAAAAGAAAAAAAAAAUAACAGCCUUGUUGGUAUUAAUAUAAAUAUAUUAAUAUUGUCAAUGAUUUAAUUUUUUCAGUCACAUUCUUUUGUAUGUUCUCAAACUGUACAGAGUCAUGUUAAUAAUUCCAUGUCAAAACUGUCUAGAAAUAGAUGAUUUGCUGAUUUUUAUUAAUUUCCCCCUCAUCAACCUGGAUGUCAGAUUUUUCUUUUUUACAGUUCUCUAACAUUCACGCUCUAAAACAUCACCUUGACAGACACAGCGGAGACGGUCGAGUGUGUGCUGGAAGAAUUACAGUGACUCCUGUUUUUUUUUUUUUUUGUUUGUUUGUUUUUUUUUUUUUUAUUAUUUUGAGUGCUGUAAAUCCUGAAAGGAAGAGGGUUCCAUGUUGGUACAUAUUAAAUUUUUGAGCAUUCAUGUUUAUAGUAAAACUAAGUGUGAUUUAAAAUGUCUAUGCAAAGCUUUUAAUUUUACCCCCUCUUUUAUUUUAAUUCGUCGCUCUGGAUUCAAGAAUUUUUUUUUUUUUGCAUGAUUUUUUUUUUUUUUUUAAAACAAAUUCUCUUGAUGUUACAGGAAAUACAGUUUGUGUGCUCAUUCAGCAUCCACAUUA